CUUUUCUGCUGUUACCAAACACCUUCAGAAACCCGCGACUUCUGAACUCAAGGCAGUUCUUUCUAGUUUCUCCCGUCUCUCUUUCUUUUUGGCUGUGUGACCUAGAAAUUUUCAGUUCCAUUGAGAAAAUGGAUGUUCUACUAGGAUCAAUUGAUGUCCGAGAACUUCUACCAACUCAAGACAUUGAAGAAUCAUCUCCACUUUCAGCUCCAGAUCUUCAUCUUCUCAUUGAUCGUUUACAAAUUCGAUCUCUCCACAUAAAACAGAAAGUAAAAGACUACAUUCUCUCUCACCAAACCGAAUUCUCUCAAAUCUUCACUUCCUGUUCCGAUUCCAUCUCCAAGACUGAAGAAAUCUCAGCAGACCUAUCUAAUGUUGUUCGAAUUCUAUCCGACAAUAAUAUCGAUAUCGAAAUCAGGGAUGCAUCGAGGGAGAUUUGUAGUGUGAGGAAGGAUUUGAAGGAGAAGAAAGAGUUGUUGAGUUUGGUGAAGAUAAUUGUGAAUUUGGCGGAGAGGUUGAAAUUGGUUAGGGAUGAUUUAAAGGUUGGGAAGUUGAUUAAUGCGGCAGAAUUGUUAAGGGAUUUGAAGAAGGAUUUGUUGAUUGUGGAUGAUGAUCGGAAGGAGGUUGGUGGUGGUAAGAGAGAACCGGUUGUUUUUGAAUUGUUGAGGAAGGAGUGGUUUGAUUGUUUUGAUGAGUUUCAAGAGGUUUGUGUUAGGGUUUUGGGUAAUGCGAUACGUUUUGAUUCUGGAAAUGGUAGAUUGAGAGUUGUGUUUAAGCUGAGUAUUGAGAAGAUGAAAGAUGUGGAGCUUCUUAUGAUUUUGAGAGCAAUGGAGGUUGCAGGAGUACUUGAUUAUGGGCUUGCGAAGGUGGCUGACUUAACGGUCAAAUAUAUUAUAAUUCCAACAGUAAAUGAUGAGUGUAAUUUCCAUCUCGUAGAAGAAUUACAUCCUAACUCGGAACAAAUGGAUGAGGCAAUUCUCAGUCUAGUCGUUUUGUCUUCUGAUUCUAAGGUUGAAAGCACAAACAUUUAUUCUAGGCUAAUUCAAGCUAUAAGUUUUAUCCACAAAACAGUAUGCUUCCAAAAUGGUAGAUGGAUGAUGUGUUUUGGAAGACUGGCAUGGCCAAGGAUUUCAGAUCUGGUUAUUUCCAAAUUCCUUUCCAAGGCCGUUCCCGAUGAUGCUUCAAAACUCGCAGAGUUUCAGAAGAUCAUAGAACUUACAAGCGAAUUUGAAGCUACUUUGAAGGAUCUGAUGUUCAUUUCCGCAACUGAUAAAAAGGAUGAAAAGUUGAGCAGUUUUGUCCAAAAUGUCGAAGUUCACUUUGCAGCAAGGAAGAAAAAGGAAAUUUUGGCAAAUGCCAGAAACUUACCUCUUCUUUUUGAUUCCUCCAAUCCUUCAGACUACACGUUUAGACGUCCUAGUCUUAAGGCUCAUGAAGUUGCUGGAAUAAUUUCUGAGAAUCCUGUCGGCUUGCUUUUUCUUCCAGAUAGGUGUAUUAUCUCUAAAGCAGCAUCUCAACUUAUGGAACUAGUGCAUCAAGCGCUACAGGAUGCUUGCCUCUCAUCUGCAAGAGUGGCCGUGGAAUUCUAUCAUGCUGCUAGAGAUGCUUUAUUUCUGUAUGAAGCAAUCAUGCCUGUGAAGCUAGAGAAGCAGCUUGAUAACGUCACCCAAAUUGCUGCGCUCGUGCACAAUGAUUGUCUUUUCCUUGCUCAGGAGGUUCUUGGGCUUGCAUUUGAGUAUCGCCCAGAUUUUCCCAGUUAUAUCAAAGAACAGGCUGUGUUUGUUGAUAUCGCACCAAGGUUUCAUCAAAUGGCAGAUGAAAUACUCCAUAAACAAAUCCAACUAGUUUGUAUGAACUUGGAAAAGGCAAUAGAUGGUGCUGAUGGGUUCCAGAAUACACAUCAAAUGCAACAAUACGAAUUGGCAAAGUCUAGUAUAGAUCAGGUUGUUUUCAUCCUUGAGAAAGUGCGCAGCAUAUGGGAGCCACUUCUGCUACCGUCAACUUACAAGAGUAGUAUGUCCAGUGUUCUAGAUUUUGUCUUUUCUAUAAUUGCGAAAGACAUACUUCUUUUGGAUGAUAUGGCAGCGGAAGAGACAUUACAGCUUCAGAGAUUAAUCUAUUUGACGCUCGAGAAUCUCGCAUCUGUGUUUGAAUCUGUAAUUUUUGUAAAUGAGAAAGAGAAUUCACAGGACGCUGCUAUACCUGAUCCACUAGAUGUGCUUAUUCCUUCUUUACAUAAACUCCGCAAGCUAGCAGAUUUACUAGACAUGUCUUUAAAAACCAUUACAGCAUCUUGGGAAUGUGGAGAACUGGUUAGUUGUGGUUUCACACCGUCUGAGGUGGAGAACUUUAUUAAAGCAAUAUUUACGGAUUCACCUCUGCGGAAAGAAUGUUUAUGGAGAAUCGAAAGUGUCAGUCUCUACAACAAGAUUUAACUUAGUGGGAAACACCCUUAUAGUAGAGAGUUAUAUGUUUGCACAUCUGAUCUCUUUUUAGAUUUUGGCGUCUAAUUAAUUGAUGAGAUAGUAAGUUCUUUUUCGGUUUACACAAUCAAUGGCGUCUUCCUCAUGUAUAGAUAUUUUGACGAAGAUACAGUACAAUACAGUACUCUAAUCUAUCUAGAGUCGGUACUCUAAUCUUUGCUGAUGGUACAAUUCUCGACAUAUCCUUGGAAUGCAGUCAGUGGGCGAAGCCCAGAUAGAAGAUUCAAUAAGCGGGCAAAGCCCAGAGAUUAAAAUAUCGAUAGAAAGUUGAAACUGGUUGUAAAACUGAACCUAGUAGAAACUGAUUGUAAAACUGAACUUUAUUUAACAGAUUGUAUAAACUCCA